AUGAUGGGGGUUCAGGAUCUUCACGAAGCAAUUCUUCGUGUGGCUGGUCCCCUAUCAGCGAAGGAAACUUGUGAUUUGCAAGAUGGACAAGCCGAGAAGCUCGUUGAAGCUAUCAACAGCAAGGUGCUAUCAGUGAAGAACAGCACAGAAGACUCUGCCCUUCUUGUGGAAGCAAGCUUAGCUUGCUUGAGUGUUCUCUCAUCAAAAUACUCUUUCGCCCUGGACGAGGAUACUCGCCUCAAGCUCAUCCGUAUCACGGAUGCCCGAGAUCCUUGGACGACAUCCAUCUCUGCAAUCACUGCGACAGAACUUCUUGCCCAACAACUAACUAAUGAGGAAAUGACUGAUUUUAUCGUCGGGCCAGUUCUUCAGAAGACCUUUAGGCCUCUAUUUUCGAGACACUCUUCCAGGAUCACGGCUUCCGGGCGGCCGUCCCAGUACUCCACGGCCGGAGAUCGAUCUCGAAUGUUUGAAGAAGUCCAAACAUGGAAAGAUGAGGCUCCGUGGGCCGAGACUACGAUACAAUGGGCUGUGAAUAUGUCUACGCCAGCUCUCAUCCAACAACACUGGCCCCUAUUCACACCCGUCCUUCUUGCCCUCGUCGAGAACGAGUCGAUAGAUGUCAAGUCAAGAGGGCUAGAGAUUCUGGCUUCUUUCGUGGCCAAAUGCCCAGGCCAAGUGCUACAGAAUACAGGAAUCGGCCGAGUUUUCGAGGAUGCCACAUUCCCGAUGCUUCUUUACCUUCCUAGUGUCACGCCCGAAGAGCAGUCCACAGCAGUCCUCAGCCCGGCCUACGAUGUGCUCACCAAACUAGCCGAGUCUUCAGAGGGAUUUCAAAACCCUGAACGUCGUCGACUACUCGACAAGGCCCUCAGAGAUGGCAUCUUCGCCGGACACUUCCAUGCCUCUCAAUACUCCCGAAUUGUUCAAGUUCUGAUGCAGAAAACAGCGUCGAUAGUCAAUUGCCUGGGUAUCUAUUCAACCAAACACCUAAAGAACCUCCUCUCAAUGAUUUCGUCGAUCAUGACAGAUCCGUUCGCGACCGCGCAUCCUCCCACUGUUGUCGCUGCGACACAAGCAUUAAACGCCAUUAUUGCCAAUUGCUGGCCUCGAAUUCAACAAACCGAGCACGCUGAACAGAUUAUCCGAAUCCUUUCCUUGUGCUGGCUGAACAUCACCGAGGAGAGCGAGAGUAGCUCAACGCAAGUCUCCAAAGCCGAUGCUGAAGCCCUGUCUCAAGAAUUGAUACACACAUCCAAGAUCUUGCAAGCUCUCUGGGCUGAGGACGAUUCCAAGCGUCCUGCUCGGCUCGAUGAAGUGUUGGAGAAGGAGCCUCGGCUGGCAAGAUUGUUUACCCCGGCCUUGGCUUAG